AUGUUACCUGUUAAACGAGCUCGAGAAAGAACAUGGUUACCUUGUGAAAUUUGCCAGAAGAAAUUUGACAGACCAUCUUUGUUAAAACGACACAUGCGCACACACACUGGAGAGAAACCCCAUGCCUGUGAUGUUUGUGGUAAAGCUUUUUCAACUUCCAGUUCCUUAAACACUCAUCGUCGUAUCCAUUCUGGAGAGAAACCACAUCAAUGCUCUGUUUGUGGUAAAAAAUUUACUGCAAGUUCUAAUUUAUAUUAUCAUCGUAUGACCCAUAAAAAGGAGAAGCCACAUAAAUGUACGAUGUGUACCAAAUCUUUCCCCACCCCUGGGGAUUUAAAGAGUCACAUGUAUAUACACAAUGGAUCGUGGCCAUUUAAAUGUGAUAUUUGUAAUCGUGGUUUCAGUAAACAAACAAAUUUAAAAAAUCAUAUGUUACUUCAUUCAGGUGAUAAACCACAUCAAUGUACAGUUUGUGAGAAAAGAUUUGCUUUACAAUGUAAUUUAAAAACUCACAUGAAAACACACGAAGGUAAGCUAAGUCUGAUUUGUUUUGGGAUUUUUGCAUUUUGCAUUAUGACUAUAGAGAGACCAUUAUAA